AUGGAGGAGCGACUGACUUUAUCUUUCCUUUUUUGGGCACUUUUUGUGCUUCAUUUUCUGCUUAAAGCUUCAUCCAAUCCAGAAGGCGAUGCACUGAGUAUAUUGAAGAUUAACUUGAAGGAUCCUAAUAAUGUUCUUCAAAAUUGGGAUGCUACCCUACCCAAUCCCUGCACAUGGUUUCAUGUUUCAUGCAAUGAAGACAACAGCGUGAUCGCCGUUGAUCUUGGAAAUCAGGACCUUUCUGGUACACUGGUUUCAAGCCUUGGCCAUCUCUCCAAUUUGCAGUACUUGGAACUUUAUAAUAAUAGCAUAACAGGUAAGAUCCCAAAAGAAUUAGGAAAUUUGGCAAACUUGGUGAGCUUGGAUCUUUACUUGAACAAUAUAAGUGGUACUAUACCCGAUACAUUGGGAAAACUUCAAAAACUACGUUUCCUGCGUCUAAAUAAUAACACUUUGAGCGGCCACAUUCCUGUGUCUUUGACAAAUAUUUCAACGCUGCAAGUUAUUGAUCUCUCAAACAACAAUCUAGAAGGGGAUGUUCCAGUGAAUGGUUCAUUUUCAUCAUUUACCUCUGUCAAUUAUCAAAAUAAUCCUCACUUGCAACUACCAAUAAUCAUUCCUGUGCCACCUUCUCCACCAUCACCAGCUUCUUCAGGUAGUGAAAAUGUUGGAGCUAUUGUAGGAGGAGUUGCUGCUGGUGCUGCUCUGCUGUUUGCUGCCCCUGCAAUCGCACUUGCUUAUUGGAGAAAAAGAAAACCACUCAAUCAUUUCUUUGACGUUCCUGGUGAGGAGAAUCCCGAAGUUCACCUUGGUCUGUGUAAGAGGUUUUCCUUGCGUGAGCUGCUAGUAGCGACAGAUAACUUCAAUAACAAUAACAUUAUAGGCAGAGGUGGAUUCGGAAAGGUUUAUAAAGGCCGCUUAGCUGAUGGGACCCUUGUAGCAGUAAAAAGACUUAAACAGGAACGGACACGUGGUGGGGAGAUGCAAUUUCAAAGAGAAGUCGAAAUGAUCAGUAUGGCUGUGCAUCGCAAUUUGCUCCGGCUACGUGGUUUUUGCAUGACAUCUUCUGAAAAUUUGCUUGUGUAUCCUUAUUUGGCAAAUGGAAGUGUAGCAUCACAUUUAGGAGACCGUAAUGAAUCUGAUCUGCCGCUUGAGUGGCCAAUGCGGAAGAAUAUUGCGCUGGGAUCUGCCAAGGGGCUUGCUUACUUGCAUGAUCAUUGUGACCCUAAGAUUAUUCAUCGUGAUGUGAAAGCUGCAAAUAUAUUGUUGGAUGAGGAUUUCGAAGCAGUUGUUGGAGAUUUUGGUUUAGCAAAGCUUAUGGAUUAUAAAGAUACCCAUGUUACUACAGCUGUCCGUGGUACGAUUGGGCAUAUAGCACCGGAGUACCUGUCAACUGGAAAGUCUUCAGAAAAGACGGAUGUUUUUGGAUAUGGUCUGAUGCUUCUUGAACUAAUAACUGGACAGAGGGCUUUCGAUCUAGCACGUCUUGCCAAUGGUGAUGGUGAUGUGAUGUUGCUUGAUUGGGUUAAAGGACUUCUCAAAGACAAGAAGUGGGAAACACUCGUAGAUGCAGAGUUAAGGGGAAAUUAUGAUGUUGAUGAAGUAGAGCAGUUAAUCCACGUGGCUUUACUAUGCACAGAAGAGUCUUCUAUGAAAAGACCAAAGAUGUUUGAGGUGGUGAGAAUGCUAGAAGGGGAUGGUUUGGCAGAAAAAUGGAAGCAAUGGGAGAAAGAAGAGAGAAAUCGACAAGAAUUUAACAAUAUCGAUAUGCAUCACCCUAAUGCAAAUUGGAUAGUACUUCCUCCGUCCCGCAAUGAAUGA